CUACCUCAACUGUCCUCUUGCUUUUCUGAAAUUUAGAUUAGAAAGUCCUUUAUUCCCAUCUCGGAUCUUCGACAUUGUUCCAUUCUCUCUGUCUCACUGAUUCUUCUAUCUCACUGAAAAGGGGCAAUUUUGUUCGAGAUUUGACAUGGAUUCUAAUGACUCCAUAUCUCAAUCUGAUCCCAAAGUUUCAGUCUUUUCUUGAAUCACCAUGUCAAGAUGAACACACCCCUCAUCCCCCAAAUCCAAGUUUCAAGCAACGAUAAACAAGAUGAGCCAGAUGGUGAUUAUUCUAGUUCAGGGAGCGGAUUUAGAUAGAAAGGUGGUUGGGCAAUGCGUUUAAUUAUAUGUAUUUGCAAUUUUUAUUUGACAAUUUCUCUUUUGAAGUUUUGGUGUUAAUUGGAAUUUUUGCAGAAUUACCUGCAUAGGUUCUUCAAUGCGUUCUUCUCUGCCCAUCUACAUGAUCUCUUUUUCCUUUCACUUUUGUUGGGAGCAGGUACGAAGUGGUGAUGCUAGUGCAACAGAGCUUUUUGAACUUGGAGUAGUGAUGCUGAGGAGAAAAAUUUAUCUAGCUGCUACUAAGUACUUGGUUCAGGCAAUUGAGAAAUGGGAUGGGGAUGACCAAGAUCUUGCUCAGGUUUACAAUGCCCUUGGGGUCAGUUAUGUCUGUGAUAGGAAGCUUGGUAAUGCCUAUGAAUAGAAGAAAGACUUUAAGUCCACCCUGAAUGCAUUUGAAGAAGUGCUUCUUUUUUAUCCUAACAACAAAGUGGGGCAACCACGGCGAGAUGCUUUGAAGGAACAAGUGAAAUUGUACAUAGAUGUCCUCGUUAAAACAAAGGAGAGAUAAUUUGACUGGUAUGUAUCAAGUGUUAUCUGAUCUACAGUUGGUGAGGACCUAAGUCAGCCACACCUUAUUUAAAUUGGCUUGAUGAUCUGAAAUAGCUAGUGAUAGUUGAGGUAUCAUUGAUUUUGUAUGGUCCAAAUUACGGACUGAAU